UUUUGGAUGCUGAGCCUUCUUCCCCAAGUCUGUCUCUUCCGUUUUCAGGUGAGUGUGGCUUCUUCAGCGUCAAGGAUCUUUGUUUCCCUCCUCACACUGCGCUCCGGAUUUAGAAGUCCCUAGCCCAGGAUUCAGAGGACCCUGAGGUGGCAGGAGAAACAGCACAGCAUGCUGGGCUCUGGAUUUAAAGCUGAGCGUUUACGAGUCAAUUUGAGAUUAGUCAUAAACCGUCUUAAACUAUUGGAGAAAAAAAAAACGGAGCUGGCCCAGAAAGCAAGGAAAGAGAUUGCUGACUAUCUGGCUGCUGGGAAAGAUGAACGAGCUCGAAUCCGAGUGGAGCACAUUAUUCGAGAAGACUACCUUGUGGAGGCCAUGGAGAUCCUGGAGCUGUACUGUGACCUGCUGCUGGCUCGGUUUGGCCUCAUCCAGUCGAUGAAGGAGUUAGAUUCUGGUCUGGCUGAAUCUGUGUCUACACUGAUUUGGGCUGCUCCUCGACUCCAGUCAGAAGUGGCUGAGUUGAAAAUUGUUGCUGAUCAACUCUGUGCCAAGUAUAGCAAGGAAUAUGGCAAGUUAUGUAGGACCAACCAGAUUGGAACUGUGAAUGACCGGCUAAUGCACAAACUGAGUGUGGAGGCCCCACCCAAAAUCCUGGUGGAGAGAUACCUGAUUGAAAUUGCCAAGAACUACAGUGUGCCCUAUGAGCCUGACUCUGUGGUCAUGGCAGAAGCUCCUCCUGGAGUAGAUACAGAUCUUAUUGAUGUUGGAUUCACAGAUGAUGUGAAGAAAGGGGGCCCUGGAAGAGGAGGUGGGGGCGGAUUCACAGCACCAGCUGGUGGACCUGAUGGAACAGUGCCAAUGCCCAUGCCCAUGCCAAUGCCAUCUCCAAACACUCCUUUCUCAUACCCUCUUCCAAAGGGACCAUCGGAUUUCAAUGGAUUACCAAUGGGAACUUAUCAGGCCUUUCCCAAUAUUCAUCCACCUCAGAUACCAGCAACUCCCCCAUCGUAUGAAUCUGUUGAUGACAUUAAUGCUGAUAAGAAUGUCUCUUCUGCGCAGAUCGUUGGUCCUGGCCCCAAGCCAGAAGCUUCUGCAAAGCCCCCUUCCAGACCCAUGGAUAACACCCAUGACAGCUUUGUACUGCCAGAAUUGCCAUCUGUGCCAGACACACUACCAACUGCAUCUGCUGGUGCCAGCACCUCAGCCUCUGAAGACAUUGACUUUGAUGAUCUUUCCCGGAGAUUUGAAGAGCUGAAAAAGAAAACAUAGGCUUCCUAAACCAGGCAAGGUCCAAGUUCUGGGAAUUGAGACUGAGCAGUUUCUCCUUGUAACAAAGAAUCUCCAUGAAAUUCUGCUUCAUCUGUUAACCAUCACUGAGUACACUCUUCCUCUGGGCUCUCUUCCUGCUCUCUUCCACACUCUGCUGCUUUCCGGUUCUCCAUUGCUCCUGAGAGACUAACAGCUGGAGAUGGUGAGGUUGGAGCAGCUGUGGCUCCUGGCAGCCUUGCUUGUCCGUUUCCUGUCAGUGUGACCCCAUUUCUCUCCUUCCUGUCCCACCAUCCCUCCACAGGGGAGGGAGUGAGACGGGGAGAGCUGUCAAAGAUGGCCGGAUGGUGGAGGAGAGUACUUCAUGAAGUGUCUCAGCUCUGUGCUGAGGUUCUAGACUUAGAAACAAACCCCUCCAUACAGAGGGACUGGUGGUGAGUGAGAUUCAAGGCCAAGUUGUCUAUUUUCUUGCUCUAAUAUGAAUAGGAGAGAGAAAAUGGCUCAGGAAGCCAUUGUAACAAUUCUUAGAAGCUGGGUCUUCUCAUUGACAUAUACACUACUCCUUGCUGCAGGGCACUGUUCCACCUGGAUCCAGUUGCAAACUUUGGAAAGUUGAAGGCCUCUCUUAGUUCUACUGGAUUCUCAGGGAGCCCUCUGUGGCCUUUUGCUUUGAGUGCUGUGUUUCCCUUUUAAUAGAGGGCAGCACUGUAUAUAAAUUCCUGUUUUUCCCCAUGGCAUGUUCUGUUGGAUUGCAUUGCUGGCCACAUACUGGGCAGAAGUCACCAUUCAAGGCUAAGGUGGGCUUCCAGUAGCCUUAAUAGAAAUAUUCAAGUCUCUUGAGUAGUGAGCUGGAAAGCCUACAGGUGAAGAGGGGUUCCUGUUUUCAUUUGAAAACGUUAUGAUCAAGAGAACCUUUAAAAAGCUGAUCUCAGAUAAAUUUUUGGUGUCUAUGUGGCUGUAGGUGUUUUGCUCCUUCCCUUGACGGAUGAGACUCUUACUGCUUUGCCCCCUAGCUAAGGCCAGCCUUCCCCACAGGGACGGCUUUGGGAUCGGAAAAUAAGACUUCGGCUUCUGUGUGGUGUAUCUGUACACACUUGUUUCAAGCAACUUUUCUUUAAUGUUUUUGAUUGAUUGAUUUGUAUGUCGUGGCUCAGUAGCUGCUAAUAAAGUUAAAAAUUUUGUGCCCCGCUUUCUCCAUUGUUUUGGUCAAAUGACGAGGGGCAAGAUUUUAGUGGAGAGUAUUUAAGCAAGUGACCCAUACUGGGCACAAGCCAGACCUUAUUGGCUCCCUGGGUAAUGUGGAUGGAUGCCUGGGGAGUUAGGGGCCCAUUUCGAUCUCAGUAUUUAAGCCCAGAUUGUUACCUGUGAGUUGGCUUGGUUACUUCUCUGUGACAGGGCUACCCCUUAGCCAGAUCUCAUGCUUGUAUCUUUAAUUAAAGUUGCAGUGAGCUUACUUCUGACUCAUAUUUCCCAGUCAUCCUGGAACAUGAAUGAUGUUACUUGGUGUUUGUUUGGCAGCAGAGCUUGUUUAUCCUGCACCACUCUUGCAGUGUUAACCCUCUGAUAGUGUCAAGUUCCAUAAACAUAAGAAUCUGCAGCCAAGGGGAUUGAUUCUUCACUGACUAACAAAAUUAACUAAGUAUAUUAUAAACAUCUAUAAUUUUCUAAAGUACACCAUGCAAUGAUCAGUAUUAAUAUACUAAGAAUAAGCCAAGCGAGGAGGUAACAGGAUUAAUCUUUUGAAACUUCAUUUGUCAGUGGCCAUUGCUGUUAUAGCUGUUUGCUUACUUACAUGUGUUCUGGUGCCACUGUUUUCCUAACAAGCUUGAGAGCUUCAGUAGCAGCAUAUCCAUCAGUGCAGCUUCUUUCUGAGUCUGUUGGAAGACAAAAAGAAAACCAAGGAAAUUGAAAUUGCUGCUAAUGGUGGAGGAAAAAAGUACCAAAGAUAUAUUUUUUAAAAAGUAGAUAUAAAGUGUAAAGAUACUGUUUCCUUUAAUGGUUUACUGUCAGGCCUUGGAGUGUUUCUGCUACUUAACAGUGGCGGGCCAGCUAUUUAUAGGACAGUGGAUGUAGAACAUAAUGUACUUUUGGUAAAUUGGGUUUCCUAGGAAAAUGGUUGGCAGAGCUGUGGAGACUAAUAAAGGGAGUAUGCUGA